AUGCCCGAGAAACAGAAAAACAGCUCCUCCAAGCACAAGUCGACCGAUCGGCCUCGUGCUUCGGCCCCAGUGGGAGGCCUGCUCGGUUGGUUGGCUGGAGAGCGCGGUCCUGAGCACCGCAAGUCCACCGUGAGCAGUUGUGCAAAGGAUAACUCAAACCGUCGGCAUCCGCCUUCGUCAGCCUCCAAGGGGAAACAGCCAGUUCGCUCCGCAAAGGGCUAUCAGGCAGAGAAUCCGGAGAGGGAGGGCCAGGGAGGGCACCGAGUUUACGCUCAUACCCCGGCAAACCCGCCCAGACCCGUCCAUUCGGGGUCUCAGGUCAAGGUCAAGAAUGCCCCGACCUCUUCGGCCGUUCGGCGUACCCAGGCAGGCCACUCGAAUAUCUAUGCACAAAAGCUGUUAACCUCCGCCCCUUCAAAUCGUCAGGCUACAGGGUCAGGCGCUCGUGCCAGGCCCCCUGAGCCUCUGAUGUCGGGUGCCCACCAAGCCCAGCAUCAGCCUUCCUCCGCAGGCAGCGAUGGUUCGGAGGGCGAUGGAUUCAGCGCUACCUCCAGCACCGUCGGUGUCUGGGGAUCCACCCUCGAAGCCCGGGCUCAGACGGCCUCCGUCAUCAACGAUAAUUCAGAGGAAAGUGGAUUCAGCGCCAACUCUAGCAUCGCUGGUGUCUGGGGCUCUAAAGUUGCGGACCGGGACGAACUCCGCAGCAAUGAGGCCUCCGAGGAAUCCGAGGAAGUCUUCGUUUGCUAUGACGCCUCCGAGAAACCCGAGGAAGUCAUCCUUUACUAUGAGGACCCCGAGGAACCCGAGGAAGUCUUCCUUUACUAUGAGGACCCCGAGGGACCCGAGGAAGUCUUCCUUUGCUAUGAGGACUCCGAGAGACCCGAAGUCUUCGUUUACAAUGAGGCCUCCGAUCAAGACCCCGAUAUAGAAGACUCCGACCCAGACUCCGUGUUUUCCAGUGAUGUCCCCGCGGGCGUUCAAGUGGGUGCCAGCAUCACCAACGCAGACCAACCCCAACAAUACCACAAUAUCAAUGCGGCCUUGAACAACCUUGAGAUCAAGGACAACUGUUGUCUGAUCUGUCGCAAACGCUUGCGCAAGGACGGAUUCUCCUGCCCCGGCGGAUGUGGCACACAGUAUCACAACGACUGUGUCUCUGACUGGCGCAUCCCCAGAAGUGAAGAGGACCAAGAGCCCUGUCCGUGUCCAGUGUGCGGGCAGGACAUCUUUCAGGAGAAUUGCGUGGUCUGUGGCCAGCCCAUUGAGGACUACGAGUUCUGCUGUCCCCAGCAAUGCGGAGCGUGGCUUCACGAGGCUUGUGUGGAACGCUGGAUUGACCAGUGCCAAUGUGACCCCAUGCCCGGCGCUAUGCAAGCAGGAUUACCACACGCAAUGUAUCAAUCGCUGGCUUGA